AUGGAAGGCGACGCAGCAGCAGCAGCAGCAGCUAGUGCUGCUGCUGCUGCCCCUGCUUGCGAGAGUGUGGGAGCAGCAGAAGCAGAUGUGCACUUGAGCACCCCCCAGGAGGGCCAGCUAGCUGCUCUUGCUGCGAAGUACCGCGUGCCUAUCGAGCUGCUGCAGGACCUGCAGCAGCAGCUGCAGCAGCAGCAGCAGCAGCAGCAGCAGAAGCCGCCUCCGCAGCAGGACGUGUCCCCCGCGUCUGGCGUGAGCGUGCGCUCCUCGCCGGACUCCGGCGGCGCCCCCGCUGCAGCGGCAGCAGCAGCAGCAGCAGCAGCGCGGGGUGUGGGGCCCGUGGUUGCUGCUGCUUACACGCGACUGUACGUACACUUCGUGUCUUGGGUCUUGGGCCUCUGGGACCCCCAGAUGCAGCAGGAGCUGCUGGAUGCAGCUUUUGCUGUUUUGAUGAAGAUCUACCAGCGCACUUUGCUCAUCAACCCCACUGACGCGCGUGAGCUGCUGCGGGUCUACGGGCCGCAACAUGCAGCCCGGCACGCGGCGCUGCUGCAGCAGCUGCAGCAACUGCAGCCGCAGCACCCGCAGCAGCUGCAGCAGGUUGCUUAUUUUCACGGUGAAGAGAAGCAUGCACUUUAUUUGUCCGAGCGGUCCUUUCUAAUGCUGCGCUGCUGGUUGUCGGAGACAAGAAGUUUGCCAUUGGAGUCUUUGCUGCAGUCCUCAGUGCGGCUGCUGCAUGCACCUGCUGGGGCCCCACACCUGCGGGGGCUUGACUACCCGCAGCAGCAGCAGCAGCAGCAGCAGCAGCAGCAGCAGCAGCAGCAGCGGCUCGUCUUCUGGGGGCUGCCCAGGCAACUCUACAGAGACGACGUGCUGCUGACGCUCCCCAAUGGAGAAAAAAUGAAGCGAGUUCGAGUUCUGGGCCAAGAAGCUCUAAGGGAAUCGGACUUAGUCGAAAAUCGCUGUUUGCUGCCUCUCCCAGAAGCAACAACGGAGGCCUUUUUGCUGCUGCGCAAGCAGCUCAAGACGCAGGCUGAAAACAGGGCCCAGCUGAGCCCUAGCCAGCUGCCGUCAGUUUGCUGCUACAGCUUCAUGAACACUCAAAUAGAAGCCAGCAGCAUUGCCCUUGGGCAGCAGCGGCCCCGCUUUGCUGCGCUGGGGGGUGUGGGGCAAGUGCUUCUGUGGGACCUUGCGCAGCAGCCACGAGCGGAGGCGAAGGCGUUAGAGCUGCUAAAGAAGAGCAGCAGCAACAUCAGCAGCAGCAGCGACAUGGACGACGUAGCAGGCCCUGCUGCUGGCGGGCACGAGUCGAUGGAAGAGGACGGGGGAGGGGGGAAGCCGCAGCGCCGCCCCCCCAGCAGCAAUACGAGCAGCAGCAACAGCAGCAGCAGCAGCAGCAGCAGCUGCUGCUGCUACAAGCUGGUGGGCCACGAGGGAAGGGUCUUGGCCCUCACUUUUGCUGAAGCUGAAGACCGCUGCCUUUUGACUGGGGGCAGCGACGCAGUAAUUCGUUUGUGGCCCACUCCUUAUUCUCAGGAGCUGCAGCAGCUGCAGCAGCAGCAGCAGCAGCAACAAGGCGCUGCAGCCUCAGACAGCGACGAGGGCGAAGACGAUGACCCCGAUGCAACCCGCAAGAAGAGGCAGCAGCAGCAGCAGCAGCAGCAGCAAAUGCUGCCCCUCUGCCAAUACAGAGGGGCCACUGCACCCAUCUGGAGCCUAGCAGCAAGUCCCCUGGGGCACUACUUUGCUUCUGGGGGCGGGGACAAUGUGGCGCGGCUCUGGUGCACUUCUCGAUCUUUCCCGCUGCGGCUGCUGCAGCACCCCGGAGGUGCCACAGAUGUGCCCAAGGUGUACAUACACCCCAAUUCCUCGUUGCUGCUGACGGGGGCUUCUGACGGAGUUGUGCGGCUUUUCGAUUUGCGAGCAGCAGAUGCUGUGAGGAGCUGGACGCCGCCGAGGCCUGCUGCUGCUGCUGCUGCUGCUGCUGCGGGGGACGGCGGGCUCGGCAGCGCAGCAGCAGCAACAGCUGCUGCUGCUGCAGCAAGAAACGGCCCAGACGCCGCGCUGCGGUGGCCGCUAGACCCGAGGUGGCUUAGUGCUGCUGGGAGGGCAGCACUCGGCAGCAGCAGCAGCAGCUGCUGCAGCAGCAGCAGCAAGGAGGUGACAGCGCUCACCGCGUCGCCCAACGGAAGGCUUGUUGCAGCCGCAGAUGAGACAGGCAACGUGUGCGUUUGGGACAUCCCUUCUGGCAAUCUUUUAUCGGUGGGGUCGGCGUCUCUUCCUGCUGCUCAUGCUGCUGCUGCUGCUGCCUUUGCUGCUGAGGGCCGCUGCAGCGCAGCAGCAGCAGCAGCAGCGGCAGCAACCUACGCCAAGUCCCUCUCCUUUUGCUACAACUCCUCCCUCCUUGCCGGAGCCACAGGAGACGGGCGCGUGCUCCUCUGGGACACAACAGCAGGUGAGCAGCAGCAGCAGCAGCAGCAGCAGCAGCGCUCGUGA